AUGUCUUUCGAUACGACAAACGAGAUGCAGCCGGAGCACCAGCAAGAACUGCCAUCCUUGACGGAAGCUCAAACAAUAAAUCAGCAAUCCUUAGCUGAAUUUAACGGUGGUGGCAAUGGCGGCGUCCUAGGAAACUAUAUGAGAGAAAAGAAAGAGGAGGGUCAGAGAGAAGCCUGCGGAGAUGGAAUUGUUCCCGUUGUUACGGCACUCGAUGAUGACGACGAAGUCGAAAUUGUUCCGGAUGUUGGAGACAAAGAGGUUUGUUAUGGCCGAAUCGAAGGGGCAGAAAUCAGCGCUUUCAAUGUUCCGACCCCCAGGCCAGGAGCCACUGCUAUUUCGAGUGGAUACUUGCCACAGGUAAAGAUUGUAUUGCGGAGACGUGUUGGGGAGAGGACAAAUACGAUUUAUGCAGUAGAUAGUACGCGUGAGAUUAUUGGAUAUGUCGACGUUAAUACCUCUAUUGGACUCACGCCUCUCCUUGACUCAAAGAUCGGGAUCCGGAUAGCGGCUAGGAUACUGACAAGACGAAAACGAGAUGGUGACCCUCCUCCAGGUACGGAAAUAUCUAAGAGAUAUGGACUCGAUUUGAAUAUUUACGGCCCAAAGAAGUACGCCCUCCCAAUUGGACGCCAUCUCUCUCAGAAACAACUAUGUCUGCGAACACCUCUUUUUGUCGAGGCCGGAGUUGAGCUUCACAACCCUCACGCCAUACAAAGACCACCUCAACCACCCCCACAAAGCACGGGGGCCUCUUAUGGAUACCGUCAGCAAGGCCCAGUGCGCACCACGGAAGAGAUUACUAGGCAAGACUGGCAGUCACAGAGGGAUUUAAUGCACCACCUCUACAUCACUGAAGGGUCCGCCCUGCAGAGCGUAAUGGAUACCAUGGGAUCACAAGGUAGCCAGACGACGAAUGCCGACGGCUCACUCCCAAUGGCUCAUGGGAACCCCUCCGCAUCACCGUAUCAAUCGGGCUCAUACAAGGACGGAGAUAAUCUUGCCUCUUCGUCAACGCCAUUCCCCUGGAAUGACAUUAAUGGGAAUGAACCGCGCCCAUACAAAGCGCGACUAUCCAGCAAUCAUGAAGGCUCUUCGGAAAAUGACUUACACAAUGGAGAUGUAGUCUUUUGGGAGGUUCUGGACCAAACGGAGGACGAAGAGAGAGAUAUCGAUUCUUUCGGUAUGACUUACUCGGAAAGUGCGGGUAUGGGGAUAUUUGACCUUGAUGAGGCACCUGGAGAGGAAGGUGGAAUGGAGGUGAAAGAUGGUGAUAUGCCUUUCACAGACUCCGGGUACAAAUCUGCACCCAAUUUGGAACAUUGUCCAAUUGUCCAGUCCGACAUCGAGAAAUCGCUACACUCUCUCAACGUUGAUUCCUCUCUGCCAACAGGGGACGGAGACGACAACGAUGCAAAAACAUUGUACUCGAUGGGCACCACGGUGAACCAGGGGCAUGCUCAAACUUAUAUCAUCGAACUAUCCAAGGACAUCUACAGCAAGCUACACCGAUCUAUUGACGCCAAAGACCUAGAUGUGCUCUCAAAGGUACUUCCAGAACUUGUCAAGGCUUUUGCCAUCAAACUUUGUCACGAUGCUCCUUCUCAUGUGAAUCGUAAAAUAAUGCAUUUCAUCCAUAAACGACAUCACUUUCCCAGAGAAAUUAUUGCACAAGUCCAAGUGAUGUUCAACUCUGUGGACGAAGAGUCUGAGCUAGAUCGUAUCCAAAGGCAUCGUGGAGACAUGUCCAUUUUUGACAAGAUAAGCAUGUGGAUUAGUAAGACUGGACAAGACCAUCCAAUCCAUCACAAUGCCGAUUUGUUCCAGGGUGUCAAGGGCGAUGAUGAAGAUUCAAUCGGCCAGAGCGAGUUAUCUGUACACCACAAGAUCAUCCUCGACAGCCCGGCCUAUGAGUGGUUUCUCAGUAACGUGGUAAAGGAGUCUGUCAUAAAAUUAGAGACAUCUCAACCACGUAUCCGCCAACGAAUCCUAGAUAACCUUCCGACCGGAACCAUUAGCAAACGUCGAAUCCCGAAAGCCUACGAAGUCACAUUCGACCUUGAAUGGCAACAUACCAUGGAGGAGAGACUUCGACACGAGCUCUCGGAGGAGUCCAAAUACCCGAAACCAUUCUUCCGUGAAUUCAUUGUCAUGACAGGAUCUCCGUGCGAGGCCCAGGGGCUAACCAUUAAAGAAUAUCUCACGCAAACAUGGCCCGUGACCGGGUUAAAACUCUUUAAUGUGCUUGGAAAUGCAGUCACGAGCAUUGCUCAACAUUCCCUCGUUACUUUACCGGGAAAUACCCAAUUGGAGAUCAGAAUCCGUUCUUCCCAUCUCAUCCUGACAGCGACAGGACCAGCCUACUUUCUCGGAGACUGUGGCGAGUCAUUAGCUUGGAUAGGAUCAGCGCUACUUAGCAACACCCGAAACCCCAGUAAUUACUGUCUACCUCUUAUUGCAAAUUUUUGGAUUGACCCCUUGAAUUCGACCUUGCUGAAGUACAAAGGCUACUGCAACUUCAACUUCACGGUUACGCCAAUGCCGACUUCGGACGAAUAUUUGCCAGUAAUACAGAAUUUCAGUCGAGAUUUUCUUGGAGAAAAUUCCAUUAUUCUAGGGUUCCCAAUUCGCCGAAGACCGGAGGGCUACCCAGGGCUUGAGCUCUCUUUUGAUACACUCCUGCGUUAUGUGCACGCACCAAAGGCUGAGAUAUUUGACCGAGAUGUUUUAAUUAGAGGACAAAAAAGAGUGCUGAAACUAAUCAAGCACACCGACAAUAUCUUUCUUUGGCGGUCUGACCACUCUUUGGCAAAUUACUCUUCUUGUUGCAAGGCAGGUCAUGCUCAAAACUACAGUUCUCUUGAAUACCCUGCUCUAGUGGCCGGUCGCCAUAUCCUCAGCAAAUUUGCGGAUGCCGCUGCUCCUACAGACGGCGACGAAGAUAUCCCCUGGAUCUCAGAGAAAUACUUCUUUACUGACACCAAAACUGCUCAAUCCCGUGCCAUGACUGAGACAAAUCCAGCUCACGCUCCGGGGAUUCCUUCUAUCGAUAUGACUGCUGCUCGAAAUUUUGGAAGAUUCUCCGCGCCUUCCGAAUCUCAGUAUAAAAAUACUUUGAGAUCACCUAACCCUAGAUCUGUCCAUUCCGUUUCGGAGAACGAUCUGCGAGCAAUCCCCACAGAGAAUAUAGAACGAUUUGAAUUGCUAUCAAAUGGCCCGAAUAAGUCGUCUACUGAAUUUCAACUUUCUCCGAGGCUGGAAUCUCUCGAAAACUCGUUAGAUUCAGAUAUGCUUUCAAUAUCUGAUUCCUCAGACGACGUCGAGCUAGUAGAUAGCCAAGAGGCAGUGUAUCCGAUUCUCAACAAUAUACUUUAUGAGCUUCUUGCCGGAUUUCGAACUGCAACCCAACAUCAACCAUUUCCUGGUGAGGGUGGGCGGAACUCUGGUCCAGUCGCGAGUACAACUGAGCCUUCUCAGCCUCGAGUCAAUUCAAGACCCAGUCAAAAGAGACGCCUACUGCCCGAUGAGGAGGAUGAUACUGACGAAGACGGUUCUCGUCUACCCCGUCCGAAAAGAAUCAAAUCAAGUCAGGACAAGAACCCCCCGAAAUCUUUUGCCUGUCCCUUCUUAAAGUGGGGUCCGACGAGAUACAGAAGAUGCUGUGUGAAGGUGAAGAAACUAAGCAGUAUUUCAUACGUCAAACAGCACCUCGUCAGGAAACAUACUCCUGAACGCUAUUGUCAGGUUUGCCAGGCAGCCAACUUCCCAGAUGACAAUAGCUUAGUAAGGCAUAUCAAUAUUGGAAAUUGCACUCGCCGAGACCGCACCAUGAUAGAUGGAGUCUCAUAUCAACAGCGCUCUCGGCUGUCCCGAAAAUCUACGCCAAAUGCCUGUAAAGAGGAUCAAUGGUUUGCGAUCUGGGACAUCCUAUUCACAGGAUGUCAAAGGCCCAACUCGGUUUAUAUGGACACCGAUUUGACCCAGGAAAUGCUCCAGCUUCAUGAAUACUUUACCAGCCGAGGGCCAGCAAUAAUUAGGGAACAUAUUGAGUCUGAUCCAUCUUGGCGGGGCUUUGGGGAUAAUGAAGAACAGAGUAGGGUGUAUCUAGAGAGAUUAAUUGCUCAAGGGUUCAACACCUGGUUCGAGGAUUGGCUCUCGAACGGCGCUUCAACCUCGAUAUCUCCGCAGCUCCUGGGGAGUCGCACCGUAGAACAGUCACAAUAUGAAACUCCGACGGACUCGAUUGUGGAUAGCGGUGUGGCGAUGAGGAUUCAAUCUUCUUCCAGGGAGACCAACUCGCAAGGAAGUGGAUUACCUCCAGCGUUCAGGAGCCCAGAAGUGGGCUCUGCUUCUCAGCUUGCGGCAGCAAUUGCUCGAACACGAAGUCCCUCGAUGGUGCAAGGGCUGCCAGCGAUACAGAACCCGACAGAUGCACAGAGCUUUCCAUCUACUUCUCUCGGUUCCGCCGCUGGAGGUCAGGAUUGGGAUUUAGGAUAUCAGGGCAGUGGUUUUGAGACGGGACUUCAGGCUACGUUCGAUUUCGACACAUUUCUAGAGUCGGAAGAUACAUCAUGCUAUUUUCCACAGCCGGAUCGAGAUUACCUGAAUGUAGGCCCGUCCGCAGAGACUGAUGGGUACUUGUAA